AUGACCUUACAGCUUAAAACCAAAGCACAACUCUUUGAUCUGCAUUGCUCUGUUGGUCUGACUGACUGGGACAUGGACAAGGAGCUGAAACUGGCUACAACCACUGACCAGUUAUAUCAUGAUGACAAAGUGAGUGAUCAGUAUGUGGUCCAGAGGCCUUCUGUAAGCACCUCGGAAAGGAAAGAUGAAUGUAUUUGGUACGAUAAAACAUCAGAUACUUUUGUGAAACCAAACCUGUGGCUGCUGGUGAAUCCCAACAUUGCCUGCCCGAUCCAGUACAACAAGAUUAAUGCUGACGUGGGGCCUGUGUGUGAACCUGCUGAGGAAAGCCAAACUGGGCUCCUGGAGACCCAAUGUCCCCUGACAGCAGAGCUCCAGGUGUUUUCCUGCCAUGAUGGUCCUCUCCAGGGGGAGCUGCUGCAAUCAGUUUCUUCUGAGUACACGGUCAAGAAUGAUGUCAUCUCCUCUCAACCCGUCAAGAGCAGACGUAAGGGGAGGACCAUAAAGCCCAGGGAGGAAUUUUGA